CUUGAAAUACUGGCAAAAAGGAUGAAUAACAAUUAUUAAAAGGAAUUAAGGUUAAUAAUUAUGAGUAUAAGUUUAGAAGUUUUGCGGAUGAUGUUGUAUUAAUGUUGGAAGACCCAAAGAACUCAGUAAUGGACUUGAAAAAAGAUCUGGAGGAGUUCAGCAAAGUAUCUAAGCUGAAGGUAAAUGAGAUGAAAUAAGAAAUGAUGCUAUUUAACAUGACGCGAUACAACAAAAGGAGAUAGUAGAAAUGACAAAAUUUGAGACAGAAAAGGUUAUAAAAUAUUUAGGAGUAAACUUGACUAAGCAAAAUUCAUUGUUUCAGAAUAACUAUGAAAAAUGUUGGGACAAGGUAAGGAAAGAUUUGGAGAGAUGGGGAAGAUUAGAGUUAUUGUUAUUGGGUAGGAUAGCAGCAAUAAAAACAAAUAUACUACCAAAAAUGGUCUUUCUUUUUCAAACGAUCCCAAUCAUUAUAACAAAAAAGUGCUUUAAAUAUGGAGAAAAGAGAUUCUGAAGUUUGUUUGGGCAGGGAAAAAACCAUGCAUAAAUUAUGUAAACUUGUGUGAUAAGAUGAAGAGAGGGGGAUUAGGUCUACCCAAUUUGCAAGCUUAUUUUGAAGCCGCCGGGAUGGUUUGGCUUAAAGAUUGGAUCCUGUUGGGGAAAAAAGAAUUGUUAAAUUUGGAGGGGUACGACUUAAUUUUUGGAUGGCAUGCAUACCUUUGGUAUAAUAAAUACAAAGCCAACAAACAAUUUGAUAAUCAUUUUUUUAGAAAAUCCAUCAGAAAAAUAUGGGAGAAAUACAAAAUGUCAACUUUGUUUAAAACACCAGGAUGGAUCUCCCCACAUGAGGCAUGCACAUUAAGACCUAAUGUUGGAAAUGUAGAAUAUAAAAGAUACUCUGAGUUAUUGAAAAAAGAGAAGGGAGAUGUAAAAUUGAAAGAAAGACAUGAAAUAGUGAUAAAUGGUGAACAAUGCCAGUGGUAUGUAUAUUUACAACUGAAUGAGAAGUAUAAACAGGAUGCAAAGAAAGGCUUUUACUUAGAACAAGAUGAACUAUGGGUUAACCUAUGUAAAGAUGAAAGAGGGAUGAUAAGGAGAGUAUAUACUCUGUUAUUAAUGCAAAUAACUGAGACCGAAAGAGUUAAGAAAAAUAUGAUUAUUUGGGCUGAAGCAGUAAGGAGAAAUAUUUAUUUGGAACAACGGGACCAAAUUUGGAAGAAAAAUAUAAAAUUUACCAAAAAUAUAAAUUUGAGAGAAAAUGUAAUAAAGAUGUUUUACAGAUGGCAUCUGUGUCCUACAAAAAUAGCGAAAAUGUAUCCCAAUAUGUCAGAUAUGUGCUGGCGAUGUCAUAAAGAAUGUACAAAAAUAAUAGAAUUUUGGGAAAAAAUACAAGAAAUUUUGGGCUAUACUUGGAAAAGGAAAAAAGAAACGUACUUGUUAAAUAUUACAGAUUUGGAAAUUAAAGUUGAGCAUAGAAAAUUAUUUUUUAUAUGAUUUGUGCAGCCAG